CUUCAAGCAGGAAAAAGCGCCAACUUGUGUUGCGCCGUCAGAGUAGUCAAACACCCAUGUUAAGCGAAAAAGAGAACAAAUGUGUUCAACUGGGGUGCUAUAUUAUACAUAAAGCUGGAAUGGCUGGCUUAGUGGGGGUCGCUGUUGCAGCUGAGUAGAAAACGAUCACUGGGAAUCCGGCUGUGAAGAUGCCAGGCCUGCAGGGAGAUAAUGUGGCCACGCAGGGGAGCCCCGUAAAGAGGAGUAAACUUUCCCUGAAGUUUUUUCAGAAGAAAGAAACCAAACGGGCUCUGGACUUCUCUGAAGCUCAGACAGAAGAGCCCAAAACGACAGAAUCAGAAGAACCUGAGGGAAGCAGUGAACAAGUGGUGUAUGGUCCACUUCCGGCUUCACCCAGCAACCCAUUGCCACGUGAGAAGAAGGAGAACUUGUUGCCCUUUGUUGGGCUCAAUAACCUCGGCAACACUUGCUAUUUGAACAGUGUGUUACAGGUUCUCCAUUAUUGCCCGGGCUUCAGAGAAGGUAUAAAGACGCUCUAUGAUCUGUCCAAAUGUCAGGAGAAUCCAAAGGAAGGGGCAGUUGAAAGUGAGAAGACACAAUCUAAGUCGUCAGAUUGUUCUUCUGAGCCUCUGCCGGCUGCCGUUGAGCUCCUGGGAAGCCUCAACAGUCUGAUAACAUCUGUAGAGGAGCGGCAGUCCAACUUCCUGCUCAACCCUGAGAGCUUCUCUGAAGGAGAGCUGGCCACUCCGCCCUGUACAGUUCUGCAUACGCUCAGGCAGCUGAACCCCAUGUAUGAAGGCCACCUCCAACAUGAUGCUCAGGAGGUUCUGCAGUGCAUAUUGGGAUACAUCCAGGAGGCCUGUGACACCAUCAGAAAGGAACGUGAGGAAGAAAGUGAAACCGAUGUUGGAAAAGUGAAUAUGGGGAACGACAGCUGCUCUGAGGCCCAAUCCACACUAAACACUGAGGAAGACGGUCAAGUCACCGGCAAGAGGAAGAGUGACACAGAGGUGGGAAACGUGAAGAAGAAGCCCAAGUCUGGCAAAUCUAAGAAAGGAGAAACUGGAGAGGAAAACAACACAAGCAAACCCUUCACUCGCUCCAAGAGGAAGUCCUCCAGUGACACGACGUUCACUCAAAAUAAGACCGGAGCGGAGGUCAAAGAGGGGGGAAACGAAGAGGAGAAAGACCAAAAGCAACCUAAAACCAUGGAUGGGAAGCGGAAGAAGAGAACGAAGCUGAGCUGGCUGAGAGCGUCUGGGAAGCAGCCCGGAAUUUUCUCGAAGUUCUGCAGCGUUGGAAAGAUCAGCUCCACAACAGGAAAGAACAACAAGGCAGAGCAGGAGAACCAACAGAGGGACAAGGAAAACGAAUCUCCACCAACUGAACACAAGAACACAGAGAAACAUAAAGGGAGUCUGGGCCUGAUGGAGCGGCUGUUCCAGGGCCAGCUAGUUCUGAGGACUCGAUGUCUGGAAUGUGAGAGCUUCACGGAGAGAAGGGAAGACUUCCAUGACAUCAGCGUCCCAGUGCUGGAUGACCAAGCCAGCAGCCCAGACGACUUCUCAGAGGUCUCUCCAGAGCCUAAACCCGAGCUGAGGACUCUGAAGUGGGCCAUCGCUCAGUUUGCCUCAGUGGAGCGCAUCGUUGGAGAAGACAAAUACUUCUGUGAGACCUGCCAUCACUACACAGAAGCUGAGAGAAGUCUUCUGUUUGACAAAACCCCUGAAGUGAUCACGAUUCAUCUGAAGCGCUUCUCUGCCAACAGCUUAGAGUUGGACCCAUACGCAGGCCUCUCCAAAGUAAACACUCCCCUACACACACCUUUGACUUUGUCUCUGGAGGAGUGGUGCACCAAACCCUCCUCUGCUAAAGGCCAGCUCUACCAGCUCUUUGCCGUGGUCAUGCACAGCGGCGUGACCAUCAGCAGCGGCCACUACACCUCCUUCAUCCGGAUGUCCAGCCUGAAAGACGAGAAGCUUUGCCUGGACGAUCAAAAAGAAACAGACUUGAAAAAGGAAAGGAAAGAGGACGCUCAGAAAGACGGAGUGGUGGACUACGAUGACGGGGAGGUGUCUUUUAGCCAGAAGAGGCGCGCUAGUUUGGGUAACUCUAAGUCAGCCGGCAAAAAGCCAUCAGAGGGUGUGGGACUCUUGGGAGGACAGAGGAGUUUGCCAAACUGUGAACUGGGAAAUGACAGCAAACGCUCAGAGAAGGCGGGCGGCAGCUCUGCAGCCGAGGGCUCCAAACGGAGGAAGAGCACCAACGGCUCCAAGCACAACGCCGGCGCCGGACUGAUGAAAGAGCCAGAGGCCGCAGAAGAGACGCCGCAGACUUCCUCUGCCGGGAGGGCAUCUGCAGAGCAACGGCCUUUGAGCGACCUUCUGAAAUACGAGGGCAAAUGGCUCCUGUUUGACGACUCUGAGGUGUGUUUAUUCGAGGAGGACGACUUCCUGCGAGCGUGCUCUCCUGAGACCUGCUCAUCAUCGACUCCCUACCUGUUGUUUUAUAAAAAGAUCCCCGAAGACCAACUCCUGGAUAAAUAGAAAGCUGCCCAGAUUUGAAAUGUGUAUUUUUGUAGUUCUUUAGUGCCAAAAUAAGUUUUCCUGUGAUCUUUCUUUAAAGACGGGGACUUUUUGAGCCAGAGGGCUGCAAAUGCUGGUUUUUCCACAUAUCAGGGAUGAAUAAGGAUUUGUUCUUACUGUCUGCACAGGAAUGAAUCAAUGUUAUUUAUCCCCUCACUUAUUCUUUUGCUAUUUUGGGGGGAAACAAAGCACUUUGGGCUGAGAAGGGUUAGAAAUAAACAAUUAAUAAUGGCUCUUUGCCAAAAUCUUUUUUUUUUUUUUUUUUACAGGUAAUAGUUUUAGAAUUGUCCUUGUCACCUUUUUUUUCCAGGAAAACAGGGAUUUUUUUAUAGAGUUUUUGGUAAAAAUCACUUCUUAAAUAAACUUUUAUAUCAUUAUAUAUAUAUCAUACAUGUUUAUACACAAAAAAAUUCCUUAUUACUGUUAUUUCCACAACAGUUUUAGGCCUGGGAUAUAAAUGUGCAGCUAUAGAUCCGCAUAGCCACAGAUGUUUAAGGAGUAUUUGAUGCAACAGCCUGAAAUGACCUUUAGAUGACAGUUUUAAAGCCGGCUCUCUUCUGAAUAUCAGAUGCUUUUUAAACUCAACAUAAAUCAUGUCUUCAAAUCAAUAACUUAAUGCAGAUGUUUUGAAAGAGGUCCGUUUAAGACUAAAACUGCUUUAUCUUGGUUGUUAUGAUCAUCUUUCUACAAAAAUAUUCCAGAGUCCCUUUGUGUAAAUGUUUUGUUUCUAUUGCAGGAAAUUCCCACUAAAACAUUUGUAACACAGUUCUGACAGGAAACCUGGCUGUUAUUGUAAAAGUGUAACAGUUUGUUUGCGUUUUGUUUCACUGUGAGACUUUUCUGAUGUAAAAGCAGCUUAAAAAGGUUUUUAUAAACUGUCAAUUCCAAAAAUA